AUGAUGAAGGAUUGGGACAACGAUGAUGCCAACUUGCUGAAGUGGAGACAAGAGACUGCUGAGACUGGCUUUGAGAAGACCCCUGCUGGCAGCAUGCAAAUCAAGGAGCAAGAGUACUUCGACAACGCUAUCCUCAUGGUGGCCAUGAUCAAGGCAGGUGUAGAAUUGGCCUUCGAGGAGAUGGUCAAGGUUGGCAUGAAGCCCGAGAGUGCCUACUACGAAUCCUUGCAUGAGACGCCUCUUAUCGCCAACACCAUCGCAAGAAAGAAACUCUACGAGAUGAACAAGGUCAUUUCUGACACUGCCGAGUAUGGUUGCUAUUUGUACACCCAAGCUUGCGUACCUCUGCUGAAGGACUUCAUGGCAAAGGUAGACACCAGCGUCGUUGGCACCAAGUAUAACAAAGGCCCCACUGCUGAGUUUGGAGAGGGUCCUGGUGGCAGGGCAGAAUCGUUCAAGAAAAAACUGGACCAUACUGGGCCCCAGGGUACAUGGGAUACUUGCCAACUGCAGGUGUGGAGAGGAUGGCUGGUCGUUUAA